AAAAAAAUUAAAAUUUAUCAAUUCGACAGCCAGCAGCAGCGCGACAUCACAUCAAAAAAAAUUCUCGUCUCGUAAAAUUUCGUGUGUGUUGUUUUUCUUUUUCUGCUGUCGAAUUAAUCUCAAAUAAAAAAGAAAUAUAAAUCUUAUCAAAAGUAACAUUCAAUUGUUAAUAAAAUCAUAAUUAUAAAAGAAUAUCAACAAAAAAAAAAAAAAAACAAAAGCCAACUUGAGACAAUUCGCUCAUCGAGACGGAGCUUCUUGUCAAUAUUGUAUUUGGAUCAUUUGGAAAAGAUCUAAUUAUACCAAAACCAGGCAAAUUUUCGACCAGAAGAAAAUCCUGAGAGAGAAUAAUGGCGGUGUCCACGGACAGAACAUUUCGCGGAGUAAAUAUUUACGAGCUCGCCAACGAAGCGAAAUUGGAAUUUAGCAAUAAAUACAAUGGAAGCUGCACAUUAAUCUGCAACUAUGAUCCGCAGGGUAUCACGAUAAGGGUCGUAUUAGAUAAUGACCCAAAUUACAGUAAGGAAUAUCUGAUAACAUCUGAUGUGGAUACUGCUCAGCUGGGUCGUCAAACGCAUGCCCUGACAUUGGACAAUGACAAUGUUCUAUUAAAAUUUGGAACAGAAAAAGAUCAUCUUAAAUUUCGCAAAAUCAUAGACAAUGUUAAACGACUCCGCCCCAAAUCAGUAUUCUCACAACGAACUGAAGAGUCUUCCGCCUCACAGUAUUUUCAAUUUUAUGGUUAUUUAAGUCAACAGCAAAACAUGAUGCAAGACUAUGUACGAACGAGCACCUAUCAAAAGGCCAUCCUAGAGAAUUCUAUAGAUUUUAAUAAUAAAAUUAUAUUGGAUGUUGGAGCUGGUUCUGGUAUAUUAUCAUUUUUUGCCGUACAAGCUGGUGCAGCUAAAGUUUAUGCCAUCGAAGCCAGUAAUAUGGCUCAAUAUGCCCAACAAUUGGUCGAAUCGAAUAAUGUUCAAGAUCGAAUAUUUAUAAUGCCAGGUAAAAUCGAAGAAAUCGAUUUGCCAGAAAAAGUCGAUGUUAUUAUAUCCGAACCAAUGGGCUAUAUGCUAUUUAAUGAACGUAUGCUUGAAACAUAUUUGCAUGCGCGCAAAUGGCUUAAACCAAAUGGAAAAAUGUUCCCUACACACGGUGAUUUGCAUAUAGCACCGUUUAGCGAUGAAUCUCUAUACUCAGAGCAAUAUAAUAAGGCAAAUUUUUGGUAUCAAUCAGCAUUCCAUGGUGUCGAUUUGACAACAUUGCAUAAAGAGGGUAUGAAAGAAUAUUUUAGGCAGCCAAUUGUUGAUACAUUCGAUAUUAGAAUUUGUAUGGCCAAAUCUGUGAGACAUGUGUGUGAUUUUUUGCGAGACAACGAAAAGGAUUUACACAAUAUUGAUAUUCCACUUGAGUUCCAUAUUUUACAAACUGGCAUCUGUCAUGGUCUGGCAUUUUGGUUUGAUGUCGAGUUUUGCGGUUCGAGUCAGCAAGUUUGGCUGUCAACUUCGCCAACGGCACCUCUCACUCACUGGUAUCAAGUUCGUUGUCUACUGCCAAUGCCAAUAUUCAUAAAACGAGGACAAAUGUUAACCGGAAGAGUAUUGCUCGAAGCGAAUCGUCGACAAUCUUACGAUGUUACAAUUGAUUUACACAUCGAAGGAACUCUUAUAUCAUCGAGUAAUACACUCGAUUUGAAGAAUCCUUACUUUAGAUAUACCGGAGCCCCAGUGACAGCUCCACCUGGCACCAGUGCCCAGUCACCCUCCGAACAAUAUUGGCAGCAUUUAGAUACCCAAGGAGUUAGAAAUGGUGCUGUGAAUAUGGUGAAUGGAAUCACGGUCAAUGGAAUGGGAGAGGCGUCAAUGGACAUCACACAUGCCAUAAUGAAUCAAACCACCUAAAAAUUCAAUAAAUAGAAUGAAAAAAAAAAAAUAAUAAAUACAA